CAGAGUGGGGACGAAGCCGGCUGCAGCUCCGGGGCUGGUUGGGCUGUGCUGGGGGAACCAUUGUGUGGGCAGCUGGGCUCCUGCAUCCUUCUGCACAUGGAGCACGUCCUCCUGGGCUGGGUGCUGCUGCUCGGCACCUGGACUGCUGCAUCGGCCGCCAGCAUUAAGAACAGCCAGAUCAAGGAGGUGGCGAUGGACACGGCCCCCAACUCCUUUGAUGACCAGUACCAGGGCUGCAUCGACUUGAUGGAGGCUGAGCUGCCGGAGCUGAACCGCACCGAGUUCAACAUCUACGCCCAUGACUGGAGAAGGGCAGCUGCGGAAUGGCAGAGCCGAUGGGGCCGAGCUGCCCGCCCACCAGCACUGAGACGGGAUCAGGCCACAGCCAUGCUGGCAUACAUGGUACAGGGGAACCUGUACCACCAGUUCAACAACGCCACGCUCACGGCUGGGAGCUCCCGGCAGCACUACCUGAGCUCCUACCCCUUCAAGAUGCUGCAUUUCCUCCUGAGCAGAGCCCUGCAGACCCUGCGGGGAUCCCAGCCCCAGCGAUGCUUCCAGGUGUACCGCGGUGUCAGGGGCAUCCGCUACACAGCACAGCAAGGCCAGGUGGUUCGCUUUGGCCAGUUCACCUUCUCGUCCCUCCAGAAGAACCUCCCCAGUGCGUACGGUCCAGACACAUUCUUCUCGGUGGAGACCUGCUAUGGUGUGCCUCUGCAGAACUUCACCACAUUCCCAGCCGAGGGCAAAGUCCUCAUCCCACCCUCUGAGCGCUUCAGGGUCACCAGCAUCACCCAUAACAAAGGCCUUACCUCCAUCCAGCUCCGCUCCCAGGGGAACAACAGCACCUACAACUGCGAGUUGGUGAAGGAGAAAAGGUGCAAGAAGUGGCCGUGUGCUUUCAGUGCAGGCAGGAGCAGCUCCAUGGAAUCCCCACACCUCUGGUUGCUCCUCCUGGCAGUCGCAGCCCUGGCAGCCGUGGGAGAGCCCUGACCUCUACACCAUCCCACUGCUGCUCCUCCAUACGCACAGGAGGGCAGCAAUAUGCUAAUGCAUCUCAUGGAAAAUGCAGACGCUGCUUUCCCACUGCUGACGCUUUCGGUGUUGAUGUCCGACGUGGAACAACAGCAGAGAACGG